UUCGGGCUGACAUCACACAGCGGAUUACAAUGUCAAAUAUUUUACAAGCGCUGCGAGCUCAUGGCUUCACCGGGCUGCCGGGACAAUCACAGGCGCGUUUUACUGCACAUCCAUAAAAUAUAAAGUCUAAUCUAAUCUGAUCUUCAAUGGGAUUAUACCCUCCGGACACGAUGCGUUCAAGUUAAGGGAGGUCUAUGUGAGUGUGAGAGCCAGGUCAGAGGUCAUGCUGCGGAGGGAAUCUGACUCCCACGGCCUCUUUUCCUCCGGAGAGACAUCCGACAAUGACUGUGAGAUGGGGGCGAGUUGCGGAGAGGUAGAUGCGGUGUGUCUGUGCGACUCGGGUCCCCGUACACUUCACUCAGAAGCACACACGCCUACGCCGGAAACACUGAUGUGUGAACACUGUGGGAAAAACAGGGUCGUGAUAACCAGAUACUCUGAGGGAUACGGCACAGAGGAGGAGUGUGUCUUGUCUGAUCCUCAGAGAGAGAGUGACGCGGACGCUGAUAUAGAGGAUACAGACUGCAGACUGCAGGAGCCAGGGUCUCUCCAGCGAAUCAGCUCGCGCAGACGGAAGCGUCCACGGAUAGCGCGGCAAGACACCACAGAGAGCGAGGAUGAUGGUGGGAGGAGCCACAGGUCCCAUCGCUGGAACCUCAGGCUCAGCCCCCACAGGGCACACAGCAGGACCAUACUGGAGGAGAGCGUAUCACAAGUCAGGCCGCUGGUCAUCUGCCAUCCGAGCGUCGACGGGCAGAAAACCUCGGUCGAAUUUUCCAGAGGCCCCAAACAGCUGAUGUCUCUGUGGCCCUCGUCGCUCUCUCUUCCCCUGAUUCUCCUCCUCUCGCUCCCUCUCUCUCUCUCCCUCGUCAUCGUCAUCAUGUCCUUCCUCCUGCCGUGGGCCAGCACUUGACUCGGCUUUUUCCGUUGCAACAGCUUCACAAGCAAUGAGUUUCGUUCCAAAAAUGAAAGGGAAAAUUUGCUCCCGGCCAUACAAAAAUCGAUAGCACAAAAUUAAAGCAUACAUUGUGGUGCUUUUCAAAGGAUAAACAACAUUCUAAUGGACACGUUCCUCCUUAUUUUAGAGAUGUUGAAUGACGGAUACACUUUUUGGACGGAAGGUCUUUGAUUGUUACUCUGUUUUUGGGGGGGUUUGCCUCUGAUUUCAAGUGGAAGAUCUGGGUCAAAAUAUUUGAAAUCCUGUGCAAAAGCGUAUUUAUUUAAUCAGGCAGGGAUGAUGAUUGCUGGCUCAAUCUCACAGUUAUCCUGAAAUGUAGAGAGUCAGAGGUUCAGUCGCUGCAGCAGCCAUUGUGUCCAUCUCUGAUGAAGUGAGCGAGACACCGAACGAGGGCUUGGUCUUACGGACAAAAUCACAUAUCUCAACCUUGAUGUUGUGACAAUGUCAUCGGGGCUAUUGAUGCUUUUAUAUGGUAUUUCCACGCAAGAGAUGGCACAAUAAUUAGUAAUGUGGACAUGAUGAUUAAACAGGUGGUGAUGGAUAAUAGAACAGCUAGAAAAAAAACUAGAAAAUAUCCAUUUUGCUGUAAUUGGGCCUUUAAAACCAGGAAAAGACAGCACUUUCCCCAUAUCUAGAAUCACAGAUGAUAUCUAGUCUCGUAUCACGAUUUUACCAAUAUAUUGCCCAGCCCUACACUGAAUCUCUCUCUGUGCAUAUGGGUGUUUCUUGAAGGCAUAUGCAAAACAAAACGAAUCUCUAUUUACAUUUUGCAUAACAUGGCCGUACCAAAUGCCUGUAAAAAUUCCCUUCGGUGUUUCAAAUAUUUGACUCUAGUCUUUCAUGCGGCACGCUUUCAGCAUCCCUCGGCUUUUCGCGCCGCUCUGUACAUUCUCAUCCAGCGCGAAUCAGUCCAGCAACAACAGGAGACACGACGCUUGUGCUUGUGCCUCACGUCUCGCCCUCCGUCUGUCACUCUCUCACCCCCUCGUUUGUAAAAAUAGACCUCUCAUCUCGCUCCUUGCGCUAACGAGCCACGGGGGCGAUACGAGGGGGGAAAGGUUUCAGGGGUUGCGCAGUUGCGAACGGCAGGCUCAAUAGGAAAAUAUGUAAAUGGAGACAAAAGCUGAACUAUGCAAUCCCUCUGCUCCUGCCGCGGUAUCUAAACUGCUGUUGAUGUACGCCUCCUCUGUCCUUGGUCCUGUCGUCACCCUCUCGCCCCCCCUCCUCCCCCUUUCUUUCUCUCUGAGGUAUAUACUUCAUGAAUGCAGGGACUUAUGGUUCGAAAAUAGAGCUCGGCCUAGUUUAAAAAGCAAUAGCAGGAGAGAUCAGAUAUAGCUCCCAUCUUGUACGGUCUACAGUACCUCUAUUGUUUUAAUGUAACAGCGUGGAUUUUAAAUGGAUUAGACGUAUAUUGUUUUCACUGCACAGAUUUGGUAAUGCUGCUGAAAAGAGACGGAUUGUGGAACAUAAUAUUUUAUUAUCCUUCCUGAGUAUUUUUUUUUUUUCCAGCAAAAUAAGCCAUCCUCAAACGUGAGGAGCUUCCCAACAGUGAAUCCUGCACACUUACAGAGCAAAUAAACAAUUUCCACAGCCCUUCAGUUGAAACACUGCUCAAGAAGGGAAGCGAGAUUCAAAGCACAAUUGGGAAUACUCCUUAUUUUUCCACGCCGUGUCAACUGGGAAAAGCCAUUCUGCUGUGGCUUCUCUUUACUGUAUAAUUCCAUGUUAUGUUGUUAUUGUACGAUGCUUUCAGUGUCAUGAUUCUUCAGCGUUUACACCAUGUUGCAGUUGCUUGGCAUCCCCCGUAGAGAAACGUUCAUUCUAAAUUUAGACCUUCUGCAAAAGGCUCUCAACAUCAUUUGCGUAAUGUUUAAAACCUUUUUUUUAUUAUUUUUAUUUUUGGAUCUCUUCCACAUUGUUGUAUUACCCGUCUUAAAUUUUGUUUCCAUGUGUGUGUUCACCUCUGUGUUUCAUGGGGCCAUAGCAGUUCAAUAAAACUAGAUUGUAUUUUGACAAAGAGAAGUUUGCCAGUGUUAUGUGGUGUGCC